UUUGAGGGGGGUUUUUUUUUAAGCCCGGGCUCCCGCCGCGAUUGAUGGGAACGGAGCGGAAGAGGAAGGUGAGCUUGUUCGACGUGGUGGACGAGGCGUCGGUCUCCGCUAAGCUCGCGAAAUCCAACGGGGUCAUGACCGCCGGCGGCGGCGGCGGAGGCAACGGCAACCUCGGCGGGAGCAGCUUGGUAAACCGCUGGAAUGGGAGGGUCUUCUCGCAGCGGUAUUACGAGAUACUGGAGAAGAGGCGGACUUUGCCCGUUUGGCACCAGAAACAGGAGUUCUUGGAGGUGCUCAAGAAUAACCAGACCUUGAUCCUGGUCGGCGAGACGGGCAGCGGUAAAACAACUCAGAUUCCCCAGUUUGUACUGGAAGCUGUUGAUAUCGAGACUCCGGAUAAACGUAGAAAGAUGAUGAUCGCAUGUACUCAACCUCGUAGAGUGGCUGCAAUGUCUGUAUCUCGACGUGUUGCAGAGGAGAUGGAUGUAACUAUCGGAGAAGAGGUUGGUUAUAGUAUUCGUUUUGAAGACUGCAGUAGUGCAAGAACUGUUUUGAAGUAUCUGACGGAUGGUAUGCUUCUAAGAGAAGCAAUGACAGAUCCACUUUUGGAACGCUAUAAGGUUAUAAUUCUUGAUGAAGCUCACGAGAGAACUUUGGCGACAGACGUGUUAUUUGGGCUUUUGAAGGAAGUUCUCAGGAAUAGACCUGACUUGAAGCUUGUUGUUAUGAGUGCUACACUUGAAGCUGAGAAAUUUCAAUGUUAUUUUAGUGGUGCGCCUCUUAUGAAAGUUCCUGGACGGCUUCAUCCGGUGGAAAUUUUCUAUACUCAGGAACCUGAGAGAGAUUAUUUAGAGGCUGCUAUCCGUACAGUUGUGCAGAUUCAUCUGUGUGAACCUCCAGGUGAUAUACUUGUUUUCCUCACUGGAGAAGAAGAAAUUGAAGAUGCAUGCCGCAAGAUUACAAAAGAAACUGGUAAUGCGGGUGAUCAAGUGGGUCCUGUUAAAGCAGUACCUCUGUAUUCAACUCUUCCUCCAGCUAUGCAGCAGAAAAUUUUUGAACCUGCUCCUCCUCCUUUGAAGGAGGGUGGUCCACCUGGUAGGAAAAUUGUAGUGGCAACAAACAUUGCAGAAACUUCAUUGACCAUAGAUGGUAUAGUUUACGUUAUCGACCCUGGGUUUGCUAAGCAAAAAGUGUAUAACCCUCGAGUGCGUGUUGAAUCAUUAUUGGUAUCUCCUAUUUCUAAGGCUAGUGCACACCAGAGGGCAGGACGUGCUGGAAGAACUCAGCCAGGAAAAUGUUUUAGGCUUUAUACUGAAAAAAGUUUCCACGGCGAUCUUCAGCCUCAGACUUAUCCAGAAAUUUUACGGUCUAACCUUGCAAAUACAGUUCUUACCUUGAAAAAACUAGGUAUAGAUGAUCUUGUGCAUUUUGAUUUCAUGGACCCUCCUGCCCCUGAGACAUUGAUGCGAGCGUUGGAGGUCUUGAAUUACCUUGGAGCAUUGGAUGAUGAAGGGAACUUGACCAAACUAGGGGAAAUCAUGAGUGAAUUUCCUUUGGAUCCUCAGAUGUCAAAGAUGCUGGUGGUUAGUCCGGAGUUCAACUGUUCAAAUGAAAUAUUGUCAGUCUCAGCUAUGCUUUCAGUACCAAAUUGCUUUGUCCGGCCUAGGGAGGCUCAAAAGGCUGCAGAUGAAGCUAAAGCUAGGUUUGGACACAUUGAUGGGGAUCACCUUACCCUCUUGAAUGUAUACCACGCCUACAAGCAGAAUAAUGAGGAUUCAUCUUGGUGCUAUGAGAAUUUUGUCAAUCACAGGGCGUUGAAGGCUGCUGAUAAUGUGAGACAGCAGCUUGUCCGCAUCAUGGCAAGGUUUAACCUCAAGCUAUGCAGCACAGAUUUCAACAGCCGUGACUACUACAUCAACAUAAGAAAGGCCAUGCUUGCUGGGUACUUCAUGCAGGUGGCUCAUCUGGAGAGGACGGGACAUUACCUAACCGUCAAGGACAAUCAGGUUGUGCACUUGCAUCCUUCAACUUGUCUGGAUCACAAGCCUGAGUGGGUCAUUUACAAUGAAUAUGUCUUAACUAGCAGGAAUUUUAUACGGACAGUUACCGAUGUUCGUGGCGACUGGCUGGUUGAUAUAGCACCUCACUACUACGAUUUGGUAAACUUUCCGCAGUGUGAGGCUAAGAGAGUUCUUGAGAAGCUUUAUAAGAAGAAGGAAAGGGAAAGGGAGGAAAGCAAGAACAGGAAGUGAUACUGUGCUUCAGUUGGCUGAGCCGUGCUUCCUGGAGCCCUUAUUUCGAGGAGGGUUCACGAUCUAGGGGUUGAUGAUCAAGAGCAUGCUGAGGUUCGUGGAAUCUACUAACGCAUUCUGGGCUCUGGCAUUGCUUGGCGCUCGACAGCGAAACACAAGAGUAGCCCUGUUUUUGUAUCAUUUUCUGGGAUAGAUGCCUUCAUAAUGUUAGUUUGUCGUAGUAUUGUCCCAAUAGUAAUGUUAUUGCAAUUUGUUUCAAGACUUGAUGACUUCAACCUUAGUGGAAAGAAAUGAACGUCAUUUCUACACCGUCA